GUCGCUGUUUAACCGGAGACACACACAUCCACAUACGCACACACACACACGGGAAUUACUGAAAAGAAGCAGGCAGAAGGCAGGGAACAGCCCGACAGUCCCUUUCUUCGUCCGUUCGAGUAUUUCACAGAGCCAAAUGCCCGGUCCGAUGCAAGCUCUGUCCCCCAAUGGAGAGAACAACAACGACUUCAUACCGGACAACAACGGCACCAACAUCAUUCCUUAUAGAAAAAACACUGUUCGUGGAGAGCGCGCCUACAGCUGGGGGAUGGCGGUCAACGUGUAUUCUACCUCAAUCACCCAGGAGACUAUGAGCAGGCAUGACAUCACGGCCUGGGUGAAUGAUCUGGUCAGUCUUAACUACACUAAAGUAGAGCAGCUGUCAUCAGGAGCGGCGUACUGUCAGUUCAUGGACAUGCUGUUUCCUGGCUGUAUCAGUCUUAAGAAGGUGAAGUUUCAGGCCAAGUUGGAGCACGAGUACAUCCACAACUUCAAACUCCUGCAGGCCUCUUUCAAGAGGAUGAAUGUUGACAAGAUUAUCCCAGUAGAGAAGCUUGUCAAGGGGCGAUUUCAAGACAACCUGGACUUCAUUCAGUGGUUUAAGAAGUUUUUUGAUGCAAACUACGACGGGAAGGAGUAUGACCCGGUCCAAGCCAGACAGGGCCAGGAUGCCAUCCCCCCUCCAGAUCCCGGAGAGCAGAUCUUCAACCUUCCCAAGAAAUCCCUCCAUGCUGCCAGCUCUCCCACUGCAGGAGCCACAAGGUCAGCCACUAUAACACCUAAAUCCUCCAUCGCCACUUCCACCUCUCGACCCUCCUCUGCCAAAAAGAUCCCUGUGAUGUCAUCGACACCCGCUAAGGGCGAGAAGGAGCUGGAAGCUCAAGUAACACAACUAAAUGACCAGCUGAACACAUUAAAGUUAGCACUAGAAGGAAUGGAGAAGGAACGGGAUUUCUACUUUGGGAAGCUGAGAGAGGUUGAGCUGUUGUGUCAGGAGCAGGGUCAGGACAACGGCCCCUUUGUGGACAAACUCAUGGAGGUGCUUUACUCUGCAGACGACCAGGAGGCAGGUGGUGAAGAACACGAGGCUCCGGCUCAGGAGGAGGACGUCCCUGACGACACACAGGACGAAUACUGAACGGCUGUCAAUCAACAGACACCUGAACAUACAUUCACCCAGCCAGUGAACUGUUUUUGGGUUAUUCAUUUCCCCCCACUCAUCAUGGUUUAUUGUUCAUUUGCUCUCUUGAUGAAGGACUGAGACAAAUUGGCCAUAUUGGAGGCAAAAAUCAUCAUUCACUUUUUUGUUGUUUUAAAUUUGAAGCCCGUAUGUACUUGUUACCUGAUGACAGCUUAAAUGAUAACUACUGCACAGCGCAACUGCAUUCAAUUUUUAUUUUGGCAGAAGCAAGUUUUUUUUUUAGUCUUACCAGACUGAUGGAGCAUGGGCCCUUUUUUAUUCUGUGCGAUUUCUGCUCUUAUCAUUUGCUGUUUGUGUUACUCAGGUUUUAAUUUUGUCAUUUCAAAAAUUUGCAAUAAGAGUAGUCCAUUUGUGCUGUAAAAAUACCAUUUGUGAAAAAAGCUCACCUCACUAUUAAAUCUCUUACAAAAAUUGGCUAUGGUAGCCAUAUUUGGUGCCAAAAUGCCAUAGCUACUACAGUUAUUGUUACUACAAUGAAACUAGUAACUUGGUAUUGGACACCAUUGUAAUAAAAUAAACUAAGGACAAAAAAAUCAAUUAAAAUGAAACAAGAUGAUAAAAAAGUGUUCUGAAAGCUUUAAUUUAAUACUGAUUUAUUUUUGUUAUACAGUAGUAACAAGGACUGUAUUGACUUUGGUAUUUUGGUUGGAAUUGUGGCUACAUUUGCACAUUUUUAAGCACUGCUGCCUGAAAUAAAAUUAUAAGCUUUAUAGCUAAAUGGAUCGUGGUUCUAUGUAUGGGAAUAUAAAACCCAUGCUAUUAAAGAAGCUUUGUUUUUUAGUGCAUUUUUUUUUUUAUUUUAUUUUGUGGCUAAAUGUGUCUCAACUUCACAGGGGUGAAAGCCAAUCACAGUGUUUGAUAUACAGCAUUUCAUUUUGAGCUGUGCAAUCUGUACUCUGCAACUAGAUAUGUUACGUUUUAUUUUAAAUGUACAGUUAUAAAAACAGACAUCAUCUGAAGAAAAUGAUGCGUAAUGCAAUUUUUUUAACUGUUGUUCUAAAGCACAGGUCUUAGCAGAAGGUCUUCUGAACAGAAACAAAUUUUCUUGUUAUCUCCUGAUACUCGUCAAUAUUCUCCACAGGUCAAAGCUUAUGUCAUUUACUAUUGUGUACAAUGAAAGGAAUGUAAACAUAUGUACUGUUAAUAAUUAUAAAUAGACAAUGUGUUUUCUUUUUAUUUCCCUUUCAGGAUCUCCUCUUAUGCAUUCCCCAAAUGUGUUGCAUGUUUGCAUAUUAUUUGUGAAUAACUUGACCUGCUUUUUACAUAUUUAAUAAAAA